CGAGGGUGCUGCUGAGGAGGAGGCUGAAGAGCCAGACGCUACUAAGCAUACCACACUAAGUGAGGAGACCAGCGAGCAAGAUCUGGAGAGCCUCAGUCAACCAGGGGAGAAAAAUGAAGAGAAGCAGCUGGAAAGCUUAAACUGUUACAAGGUAUCCCCAAGUUCACCCAGCAGUUUGGACGGAACAGACCUGUCCUCCAUCGACGCCAUGAUGUCGGCAGUGAUGAAUGUGGGGAAGAUCGCUGAAAAUGGCGGGAACCCUCAAAACGUCAAAUCCCCCUCAAAGUCUCCUGCACCCAGUCGGAUUGGCAGGAGGAACCAGGAAACAAAAGAAGAGAAGUCUUCCUAUACCUGUCCUCUGUGUGAAAAGAUUUGCACUACACAGCACCAGCUAACUAUGCACAUUCGUCAGCAUAACACUGACACUGGAGGGACAGACCAUUCCUGCAGCAUCUGUGGAAAGUCUCUGAGCUCAGCGAGCUCCCUUGAUCGCCACAUGCUGGUGCACUCAGGUGAAAGGCCUUAUAAAUGUUCAGUAUGUGGACAGUCCUUCACCACCAAUGGAAACAUGCACAGGCACAUGAAGAUUCACGAGAAAGACCCGAACAGCACGGCGAGUGCGACUCCCCCGUCUCCUCUGAAGCGACGGCGACUGUCGUCUAAACGGAAACUCAGUCAAGAUGCCGAGACAGACAGAGAGGAAAGGACACCUGCAAAAAAGGUUGUUGAGGACUCUCAAUCCGGCGAAGGGGAUAGGAAGGCUGAGGAGGAAGUUUAUCAUUGUCCAUUGUGUUUCAAAGAUUUUUUCUGCAAGUAUGGACUGGAGUCCCACAUGGAGACAACACAUCCAGAUAACUCACUGAGGUGUGACAUCUGUUGCAUUACCUUCCGUACCCAUCGGGGCUUGCUGCGCCAUAAUGCCGUUAUCCACAAGCAGCUUCCCAGGGACCCCACGGGAAAGCCUUUCAUUCAGAACAAUCCUUCGAUCCCUGCCGGCUUCCACGAUUUGGGAUUCACGGACUUCUCCUGUAGGAAGUUCCCCCGCAUUUCUCAGGUCUGGUGUGAGACGAAUCUGCGAAGGUGCAUCAGCGAAUUCCAUCGUUUUAUCUGCGAGACGUGUAACAAGGCAUUCCCCAUGCUAUCGGCGCUCAAACUGCACACGGAAACCCACGUGGUGGAUCAGGGAAAAGACAAGCACAAGCCACAGUCUGCAGCCCCAUCCGGUGAGAACCCAGACCAGAAAGCCUUCAUGGCAUCCUUGGGCCUACAGUACACCAAAGACAUCAAGCCUGUCAAGCAGGAGGACGAUACGCAAGACGAGGUCCAAGAAAUGCGGCUCAGAGCACUGAAGAGUAACCUACCUCAGGAACCCGGCAGCGCCGGCCUGCUCAGCCUCUCUCCUCUGGAAGCUGCCUCGAUGGGAGGGUCAUUUUCAGUCCUUCCCCCUACAAAAGAGAAUAUAAAGCUCCUCUCCCUGCAGCCGUUCCAGAAGGGUUUUAUCAUCCAGCCUGACAGCAGUAUUGUGGUAAAACCCAUCUCCAACGAGUCUGCUAUUGAGCUGGCUGACAUUCAGCAGAUCUUGAAGAUGGCUUCUUCCGCUCCUCCUCAGAUCAGUCUUCCUCCACUUUCCAAGGCACCUUCUGUCCCUGUGCAGUCCAUUUUCAAGCAUAUGCCACCGCUGAAGCCAAAGCCUUUAGUAACACCCCGAACAGUCGUCGCAACUUCUACACCUCCUCCCCUUAUCAGUGCCCAGCAAGCCUCCCCUGGUUGCAUCAGCCCAAGCCUCCCACCGCCGCCUCUGAGGCUGAUCAAGAACUCGGUGGAGUCCUCUUCCAACUCUCACCUCCCCCAGCCGGGAGCCAAAUCGAGUCCUUCCUCACAGUUGCUCCUCCAACCCAAAGUAGAGCCCUUAACUCAGCACGAGAUGAAGACACAGCUGGAGCAGGACAGCAUCAUUGAAGCUCUCCUGCCUCUGAGCAUGGAAGCCAAGAUCAAGCAGGAGGUGACAGAAGGGGACCUCAAAGCCAUCAUUGCAGGGGCAGCGAGCAAGAAAGCCCCAGCCAUGAGGAAAGUCUUGUACCCGUGCCGAUUCUGUGACCAGGUAUUUGCUUUCUCUGGCGUCCUGAGGGCUCACAUCCGCUCUCACUUGGGUAUUUCCCCAUACCAGUGCAACAUCUGUGACUACAUUGCAGCUGACAAGGCAGCGCUGAUCCGGCACCUGCGGACGCACAGUGGGGAGAGACCUUACAUAUGUAAGAUCUGCCACUACCCCUUUACAGUGAAAGCCAAUUGUGAGAGGCAUCUGCGAAAGAAGCACCUCAAAGUGACCAGGAAGGAUAUCGAGAAGAACAUUGAAUAUGUCACCAGCAAUGCUGCAGAGAUGGUGGAUGCCUUCUGUUCCCCAGACACCGUGUGCAAGCUGUGUGGUGAGGACCUGAAGCAUUACCGGGCACUCCGCAUCCACAUGAGGACACACAGUGGCUGCCAGAAGAAGAAGCCAUUUGAAUGCAAGGAGUGUGGCACUGCCUUUUCAGCCAAGAGGAACUGCAUUCACCAUAUCCUCAAGCAGCACUUGCAUGUGCAAGAAAGGGAGAUUGAAAAUUACAUCUUGGCAGUGGACUGCAGUGCUCAGGAGAGCCAGACAGAUCCCCCUUUAUUGGAUGACAGCACUUAUCUGGACCGCAAACCCAUCACAUCUUUCCUGGAGCCACAAAAUGGCUUCUUGCUUGGGACACCAUCUCAUGUUCCCAUCAAACUUGAACCUGCAGGCAACUUCCCAAUGGAUUUUGAUGAGCCCUUGGAUUUCUCUCAGAAGAACAAGAGCCUGAGUGCUGUGCAAGUGAAGCAGGAGAACCUGUUUGGCUCUUCUCCCCUGUCCCUCUACGACUGUUCCAUGGAGCCCAUUGACCUGUCCAUCCCCAAAGUCCUGAAGAAGGAUAAAGAUGAUAUCCCAAGCGAAGCCAGGAAGCAAGAGCUGGCUGCUUCUGGGAAUGGCGAUAUAGCCUUUAACUGUCAGCCAUGCCCACUGGCCUUCGGUGCCAAUGGGAACCCAGAGAAAAACAGGGCUGUCAGACAUUCCCAGCCACUGAAAGGUUCUUUGCAUUUGACUGUCCCGAUCAUUUCCCCAGCUCUCCUUGGCAAUUCUGCCUUGCUGAGACCCUUGAGGCCUAAGCCACCGCCACCUCUCUUGCCAAAGCCUCCAGUAACUAAAGAGCUGCCACCACUGGCUUCCAUUGCACAGAUCAUUUCGUCUGUGUCUUCUGCUCCCGCUUUGCUGAAAACGGAGGCCACAGACGACGGCCCCAAGGCAGCGAGCAGCUCCACUGGGUGUGAUAAAUCAGGGAACGCCAAAGCAAAAGUGACAAUCGUGACCGCCGUUCAGAAAGACUCCGGCCUUCCCAGUGACCUGACUCAGGCAUGUGAUCCAGAAAAGUCUCCCAUUGCCGAUGCUGGGUUGACUAAGAAAAGAGGUAGGAAGAAAGGAACAAAAAAUAAGCCUAAACUUAGCAGUGGUGUGGAUCUGGAGUCAAGUGGGGAGUUUGCCAGCAUAGAGAAGAUGUUGGCUACCACAGACACUAAUAAAUUUAGCCCAUUUCUGCAGUCCACUGACAAUUUCAAGGAAGAAAGUGGCAGAAAUGGAACAAGUGAGGAUGAGAAGGAAACUGCUGAAGAUAAGCUGCUGAGAGGGAAGAGGAACACUUACUCAGACUGCCUGCAAAAAAUCCCCUGUCCUCACUGUCCUCAAGUCUUUCCAUGGGCAAGUUCCCUGCAGAGGCACAUGCUCACUCACAUAGACAGCCAGUCUGAUGCGGAGACACUAGCGACAGCAAAUGAAGUGUUGGAUCUGACCUCCUGUGAGAAGGAACAGGCAGAGGAAGUACCAGAGAGCGAAUGCAGUCCCAAGGAGGAGCACAAGGCUGACUCCCCCCCAGGAGAAGAGGAAGCGGAAGAAAAAGCAAAUGAAUAUGAAGAGGGCCCUGAGGAAGAUUCUGUAAGUAAUAAAAGUCUUGACCUCAAUUUUGCCAGCAAAUUAAUGGACUUCAAACUGGCAGAGAGUGACCAGAGUGCAGGCAGCAGUUCUCAGACUGAAAAGAAACAUGCCUGUGAUGUCUGUGGCAAAACCUUCAAGUUUGCUGGCACUCUCAGCCGUCACAAAAAGGCCCACACUCGUGAGGACAGAAAGGAUGAAAGAAGCAGCGAGGAUGAAAGCAAAAGCAUCCAGGAUGAUGCAGGUGCUCCCGCAGUGCAGGACUCUGGUCUUGAUCAGGAAGAGUCUCCAAUGGACUUGAAGGUGGUAGAGUCUCCUGUGGACUGUGAGGCCACAGGAAAGGAGAAUGAAGAGAGUGAAAGCAUCUCUGAGGGGGAAGGCACAGAAAGAAAGUCCAGCGAGAGGAGCAGUGAUGACAAAAAACCAAAGACUGAUGGGGCUAAGAGUACUGCAAAAGCAGACAAAAGAAAGAAAGUCUGUACCGUGUGCAACAAGCGUUUCUGGUCUCUGCAGGAUUUGACGCGACACAUGCGGUCUCAUACAGGCGAGAGACCGUACAAAUGUCAAACCUGUGAACGGACCUUCACUCUGAAGCACAGCCUGGUUCGUCACCAGCGCAUACACCAGAAAGUCAAAAAUGCUCGAAACCACGGGAAGGAGAGCGACAAGGAGGAGACCCAGUCGCGGUGUGGAGAAGACAGCGAAAACGAGUCCAGCCACAGCGGCACCAACCCCGUCUCGGAGAACGAGUGCGACUCGGCCGCCGGCGCUGGUAGCCACUCGUCUGUCACGAGGAGCCGCAAGGAGCCCCCGGGCGGCGCCGCCGCCAAGGACUCUCUCGGCCCAGAGGAGAGGCCUAGCGGGCGGACGGCCGCCGCCGGCCUCGCGGAGCCCAGCAAGAACGCACAGAAAGCGCCGUCGAAAGACCAGGAACCCCGGGGUGGCUCCGAGCACGAGGCGCCGUCGGAUUUCUUUCAAGACUUGCUGGAGAUGCACAACAGAAAAUCCCCCAUGAAUCACAUCCUCGCCUCCGCAGACAGCGCGCCUCAGCUCUUGGGGGUCGAGUGACUUGCUCGUGGAUUGGACCCGGCCCAGCACACGAACUACAGCCAGCAGCAGAGCAAGGUUUCUGGAGCCCUGUCUUGGAAGAGAGCAGCCUUACAGCUGUGGGGAGAGUAUGGCAGACUGGAUUGCAGUGCCAUAUGCCUUUCAGUAUAAUAAUGCAAGAGACUACAGUAUAUACUGAUUUGAGUGCCUUACUACUUUAUUAGAUCUUUUGGUAUCAUAGAUUUUUUUUUCAAAAAUGAUUUUUUUUAAUAUUUUAAUGAAUUAUUUGGAGAGGACCUUUUUCAUUUAAGCAUUAAUGUUACCUUUUGUAUUGGUGCGUGUGAGCUUGUUCUUGUAUAUCUGUGAUAGUCGCUGUGUUUGUUCUCUGAGCUGGAAAUGGGGGCAGUGGGGUGGGAAGCCCUUGGAUA